UUGGUCAAAAAAACCGUCCCUGUUAAUUUUUGGAAUUGGUCAAAAAAAGCUUGAAAGAAACUACGUUUUCUCAUCCUUGCUCUGUCUCAAAUUCGCAGGAACCCUAAAUUGAAUUUCGUGGCUUUAUCAUGGGUGACGAGAUUUUAUUCAAAGGAAAGAAGGAGAAGAGGAAACAGACUAAGGAGGACGCUAUUUAUGGCACCUUCUUCGAAAGUGAUUCGAGCUCUGAUGAUUCCGGCGGCUCUCGAAGGACGAAGAGGCGUAAAACCAAACCUGUCAAUUUUCUUUCUGCAGGUAACAUUGAUCAGGUACUGAAACAGAAUCGGGGGAAAACUAAAAUUGAUGAGUAUCAAGAUACUAUUUUACCUGAUGCAUUGGGUAAGAAGAUAGCUGAUAAGACACAUGUGAGAGAGAAGAAGGAUAAAAAGGAAAACUUUGAAAAGUUCAAUGGAGGGUUUGGUAUGAAAUUGCUCGAAAAAAUGGGAUAUAAAGGAGGUGGGCUUGGGAAGAACCAGCAGGGAAUUGUGAUUCCCAUUGAAGCGCAACUGAGACCGAAGAAUAUGGGUUUGGGUUACAAUGAUUUCAAGGAGAAGACUGCACCGUUGUUGCCUGCUUUAAACAAGGUUGAGGAGAAGAGGACUGUUGAGGUCACUGUUAGUGAGAAUCAUGGUGAUGGAAGGAGGAAUCUUUGGAAAAAGAAAAAUGUGAGGAAGGAAGUUUAUAUUACUGCUGAGGAGUUUUUGGGGAAGAAACAGGAAGAGGGUUUGGGUUGUGGUCAGACCAUUAUUGAUAAGCGAGGACCACAAGGUCGAGUUGUUAAAAGUUUACGAAAUUUAUACGCAGAGGAGAAAGCAAGAGAUGCUAAUGUUCCACAGCCAGAGUUACAGCAUAACUUGAGGUUUAUUGUUGAGUCAGUCGAGCAUGGAAUUCUGAAGAUUGAUAAAGAUUUGAGGAAUGAGAAAGAAUCAGCCUUGAGCUUGCAGCAAGAGAAGGAGAAAUUUAAAAUGGGGGAAAAGAAACAGAAAAUUCUGUUUGACAACUUGGGAUAUAUUGCAGAGGAAAUCGAUCGAAUUGAGAUGGAGAAUGCGUCUGGGAAUUUAACAUUGGAUUCACUUGCCAAUUGUUUCAAGGACCUGCGUUCAAGCUAUCCUGAUGACUAUAAGAGUUGUAACUUGUCAUGCAUUGCUUGCUCACUGGCCUUGACUCUCUUUAUCAGGAUGUUUCAGGGUUGGGACCCUCUUAGUGAUGCAGAGCAUGGUAUCGAGGCUAUAUCUUCCUGGAAAAUGCUGCUGGAAGUUGAGGACAAUCAAAGUAUCUCGACGCCGUUUAGCCAACUUGUCUCAGAGGUAAUUUUACCUGCUGUGCGAGUAUCAGGCAUCAAUACUUGGGAACCUAGAGAUCCAGAGCCAAUGCUGAGAUUUGUAGAGACAUGGGAGAAAAUGCUACCCUCACUUAUUUUCGAAAUGAUUUUGACCACAGUAGUGCUGCCAAAAUUGUCAACCGCUAUUGAAUCUUGGGAACCACGUUUGGAAACUGUUCCCAUCCAUGUUUGGGUGCAUCCGUGGCUGCCAGUGCUUGGUCAGAAGUUGGAAAGUGCGUAUCAGAUCAUUCAGAUGAAAUUCGGUAACCUUCUCGAUGCUUGGCAUCCUAGUGAUGUGUCUGUCCACACUAUCCUUUCCCCUUGGAAGACUGUUUUUGAUGCUGCAAGCUGGGAGCAGCUUAUGCGUCGUUACAUAGUUCCUAAAUUACAGCUGGCUUUGCAAGAGUUCCAGAUAAACCCAGCAGACCAGAAUUUAGACCAGUUCAAUUUGGUUAUGGGGUGGGUAUCUUCAGUACCCAUACAUCUCAUGACUGAUCUGAUGGAGAGAUUCUUUUUCCCCAAGUGGCUGGAUGUUUUAUAUCACUGGCUGUGUUCAGAACGAAAGUUCGAUGAGAUAAUGAAGUGGUUUUUGGGUUGGAAAGGAUCAUUCCCACAUGAGCUUUCCGCAAACAGGAGGAUCGAAAUCCAGUUCAAGCGUGGUCUAGAUAUGGCGAGGGAAGCAGUUGAACUGAUGGAAAUGUCUCAGCCAGGGGCAAGGGAGAAUAUAAGCUACCACAAGGCACAAGAGCAGAGGCAGCCUGAGGGUCGUGCUAAGGUUCAGGCUCAGGUGGAUGACCCCGAGGAACUGAGUUUUAAAGAAGCAGUAGAAUUAUUUGCGCAGGAGAAGGAGUUGCUGUUGAAACCUAAACCUCAUAGAAUGCACAACGGUCUUCAGAUCUAUAGGUUCGGGAACGUGAGCGUGUUACUAGACUCAGCAAAUUCUAAGUUGUUGGCCCAGGAAGCAGGAGGUUGGUUUCCUGUUGAUCUUGACAGCUUGCUUAAGAUGCACUAUAGUGCUGUUGCUGGAAAACAAUGAAACAUUACCCCUAAGAAGGAAGUAAGAAGGUAAUUUUGCAUACGACUUCUCUAUUUCCCCUCUGUGUUUUGCUUUGUAGAAAAUGUGUACUGCUUGGUGAGCGUUCUCUAAGAUUGUCAAGAAGAUAAUAGAGUUCUAUUUCGUCCAUUGUUUAAUCGUAUAAUUAGUAUCCUAAUUUCAGGAACAUUAGCAGAAGAAGCUGUGUUUUGGAACAUCAUGAAGGUUUGAAUAUGAACACUUACUGGUAUAACCAGGAGAAUUCAUGGGUUUGGAAUAUUACGAACAUAUUUGCUAUCAUAAUUCGUUACUGACAGUUAAAAAAACUUCACCUUUUGUUGCUGCAGGGACCUGAGUUUGCGUAUAUCUUGGUUUAACCAGUCACUUGUGUAACGACUUACAAGAUUGAUGAAAUUGUUUUCUUUGUUAGACAGUGCAUAUUCGCAAUUCUUGUUUUUCAGGUUACCUAGCAGAUCAUUGAUGGAGUUUAUAAAGGUUUAUCCUUUGGAUGCUGUAUUGGAAAAAUCCUGAUGAUGUGCCUCAAGAUUUAAGUAUAGAGAGUUUAUAGCUCUCUCAUCACGGAGAAGAGUUGAUAGUUGAAUAACGUUUCAUUUUCCUACUAGAUGACAAAUUUUCAACUUUGAAAAAAGCUGAAGAAGUGUGGUUUUCUUAAUGAUCUCUAAUAAUCUGUUUUGUGCUUUUUGUUUCUUGUUUCAGGAAGAAUGGAUAAAUGUUUUGGAAGCAUCGACAUUUCCCUGCAGAUGGGUCUGAGUUAGAGAAGUCAAUAUGUUUCAACUUUUAGAGAAUAAAACUCUUGUUUCUUUCAACUGUUUUACCUGUUUUUUCUAGUGGUUGCAUCUGAGCAAACCUUGUGGAUAUAUAUUGAGCUUUACUAUUUUGUUUCCCUGCGGUGGCACGUUACAAUGCCUCUUGUAUCUCUCGUUCUUUAUCUAUAAAUAAACAAUAUAAGUUGGUCGAA